UUUUUUUGAAAGCAAGCUUAAACGCUAUUAAUGAUCUGUUGAAAAAUCGGUAUAUUUUAUUUUGAUUUGAUUUUUUUUUGUUUACCAUUGAUACAUCUUUAAAAGUAUAAAAUUCAUCUGAUAAUAUUUCGCAUCAGUGUUAAUCAUGGUGAAACUUUUCUUGAAGCCCUUAGAUGAUGGCUCAAAGUCGGUUGAGAUAGUGAAAGGGAAGACAGUCUUGGGAAGAGGACCAUUGUUAAAUUGUGCUGAUAAAAAAGUAUCUCGAAACCAUGCUAUUCUUGAGUUUAAGGAUUCUGGCGAACUAUUUCUAACUUCCACCCAUGUUAAUCCUUGCUACUUCUCUACCGAAUCCGAUGAGACAGCCAAAGUCUUAAAACAAAAUAAGACACAAAAAUUGUCUCAGGGUGAUAUAUUCAGCCUCUUACCUAAUGGUUAUAGAUUUCAAGUAGAAUUUAGUGACUCUGAUGGUUCAGAAGCACAACCAAAAAAUGACAUUAAAUCUGAUAAAGAACCUGAGUCAUGUAAUGGUGACAGCGUUAAAGAUUCAUCAAAAGUAUCUAAUAAUGCCGCAUCUUCAGAAGUCAAAGUUGAUGAUGAGGAUACGAAAGAUACUGAAAUAAAAAAAUCAGAUGAGAAACCUAGUGAAAAAUCAAAAGGUAGUCGAUCUAAAGUCGAUAGUGAAGAGGAAGAUGACGAUGCUAAAGAUGAUGAUUCUAUAGAAGAGCCAAAAGAAAAAAAGUCAGCUAAGCCUGCUAAAAAAGAGAAGGAAACUAAAGCUAAAGAAGUUAAAGGACGAAAAAAAGCCAAAGAAGAGAGUGAAGAGGAAUCAAAAUCUGAAGAUGAAGGAGAUGAAGAAGAUGAGGAAGAAGAAGAGGAAGAAGAAGAAGAAGAAGAGCGUGAAACUAAAAAAGGUAGAGGUAGAGGUGCUGCUGCUAAAGGAAGGCCUCCUAGAAUGGCUGUUCAACGUCACAAGUCGUCUAGAACAGUAUCUUUAGAUGAUUAUAUUGUCAGCGAUGAUGAUUUUAUGGAUGGUGAAAGCGAGGAAGAAACUAAGCCCAAGAAAAGAGGUAAAAGAAAGAGUGACGACUCUGGAAGUGACUGGGAGAUGGAGCACAAAGGUAAAGGCUCUAAGCGAAGAUAUGAUUCAGAAAGUGAAUCCGGUAGUGAUUGGGAAAAUGAGAAAAGAUCAGAUAGAAAAAAGAAGAAGACUGUCAAACAUUCCGUGAAGCCAACUCGACGAUCAAACAGGGUUAAACCAGCUAAAAGAGGAGGAAGAAGAGCUCGGGAUGAUGAUUCAGAAGAAGAGGAGGAAGAAGAAGACAAUUAUGAAGAAGAAGUAGAGAAAGAAAAAAGAUCGCCUUGCAAGCAAGGUAAAGCUUGUGGACGUAGGAAUCCAUCCCAUCGGAAAGAGUUUUCUCAUCCUGAUAACUCUGAUUUUGAAUCUGACGAGGAAGAUGCUAAGCCAGUAAAGGAAAAAUCUCAAAAACAGGAUAAAAAUUCUAAAUCUCAAAAGAAACCCAAAAAAGUCGAGGAUGAGGAGGAAGAAGAAGAGGACGGAGAAGAAGAGGAAGAAGAAGAAGAAGAAGAAGAAGAAGUUAGAAAAAAACCAAGUCCACCAUCUAAAAGAGGAAGACCUGCUGCUAAAGUAGCUGCUGGUAGGCCUAAACGAGAAGCAACUAAAAAGAGUAAAAAAACAUAUGAUGAUGACGAAAGUGAUGAAGAAUUUUCAGAAGAAGAAGUAAUGCCAAAGGCUAAAAAGAGGGGAGCAUCUCGUCGAGCAAAAAGUGAAUCCGAAAGUGAUUACGAAGAAGAUGAUGACAUCGAUGAACUCAAACGAGAAGCAAAAGGAUUUAUGCGGAAAAAGGCCAAAGCGUAAUCUAAAUCUCCUUGAAGUGGUCCAUUCCUUGUGGAUACAAUUUUCUAAGAAAAUAAUUCAUUGUCACCUCUCAUUCACUCAUCUUUCCUUAAUACCAUUUCUUCAUGUUAUCUUCAUGAAGUUUCCUAAUUGCGCCGAACAUGCUUCAACAAAUAUUAUGGCUGCGGUCCCAUUGCUAAAACAUUACCUUUUUCAUCUGCAAACCUUUAAUUGGUUAUAAACUUAAUUCCUGUCAUAUCCAUUUGUUUUUUUCUCGCAGAAGUAUACAUUUAAAAUCCCAUUUUUCCGUUGAAACAAGAGUAAUGAUAUUUGCAAAUUAGUGGUCAGAUAAUCUUAAUCUUUUAAUCAACUUUCAUUCAUAUCUCAAUCAACUUUUCUUGUAUCUUCUUUUAUAAUCAUUGGGAGACGUCUGUUCCUUCCAAGAAGCAAUCUAAUGUCCAGAUGAACUCCCUGUGAAGUGACUACCUGUAAGAAGUAAAAUAUUGACAUAAAAUUCA